UAUCACAUCGAGACCUUUGAACAAGGGCCAGUUAACAAAUUUCCAAUAAAGCUUCGUGGCAACAAGUAGUAAGAUGGAUUUGGAGGACAACGGGGACGGCUUACCAGGCAGGCGGCAGGCACACAGGAAAAGGGAUAACAUGUCCGAGAACACCAAGACGAGUCUUCUGAAGAAGGCCACCAAGGCGGGGCCACAGCUGCCUAAGAAUUUGAAAGUCAAAUGCAUGAUAAAAGAUAGAGUUAAAAUGGCGCAGAAGAGGAAAUUCAAGGAGCUGGCACUUAAGAAAUACACAAAGGAUAAAUCGCUGCAGAAUCGCUGCAGCGAUAAACUGAAGCUCAAGCGUAAAGUCAUGUUGGUGGAACCCUCUUUGAAGUCCAUACGUCCCAAGAUGCUUGCUCGGCGCCCCACUCCGUUGCCUUACCCUCGAAAAAGAAAGGGAAAUCGGUCAAAGACCUUGCCAAAAUUUGUUCCCUUGUUUCAGAAAAAAAACGAUAUCGGCAAUCAAAAAUCCUCCGAAGAGUGAUAAUUUUACAAUUUUUG